UCGGUUCAGUAGUUCCUGAGUUAUAGAAUGGCUGCAAGGGUGGCGGUCGAAUAGUGUUGUCCCUCAUGAACCCACCAUGAACCCGCUAUAGUGCUACAUUUGUGAGGCAGGAAAGACAAAAGGUGUUUCUGUCUUUGGCGCCGGCGUCGCUUGUGAUUCACACGUGUGGUGGCAUGUGUUGAUCAAGUGUUGAUUCUGGACAGUUCUCAUGCGAGUUUCGCUUUUUUAAUAUUGCGAUUGAAUAUAAACAUUUUCAACCCAGAUGGCGGUGGCGGCUCCGGCGGCCGACAAGGCUGCGGCCACGUUUGGCAUACAUAUCGGCAGCACGAGCAUGUCGAUAGCUGUGAGCGGCACCGGGCGGCCGGAGGUGCUGGCCAACCCGGCCGGGGAGCGUGUGACGCCGGCCGUGGUCCGCUACAUGGAGGGUGAACAGGUAGUUGGUACAGCCGCCAAACAGGGCUCGGUGAGACACGCCGCCAUUACUGCAGCCCGCGUCCGCUGCCUACUUUCGGCCGACGACCGCCAGGCGGCUCUGCAGUCGCGCUUCUGUCCCGUCGACGAAGAGCGAGGCUUCAUUAUACGGCAUGACGAGAAGGAGGAGGUGCAUCCGGCCGAGGAGGUGCUCAAGACGCUGCUGAAGUACCUGCAUGAUGUGGCGCAGAGACAGGUGGGCAGCGAGCAGACUCAGUUCGACUCUGUACUCGCCGUGCCCGUUCACUUCGCCCCCUCGGAGCGGCAGACACUGCGCCGAGCGGCCGAGGAGGCCGGCUUCCACGUGCGACAGACCGUCCUGGAACCGGUGGCGGCGCUUAUGGCACACGACGUCGGUCAGUCCCCGCAGGAGACGGCGCCGCUCGUUUGUCUCGUGGUGCGCGCCGGAGGAGCGACCUCCGACGCAGCCGUGGUGAGGUCGUCGGCCGGACUGUACACACUCGUCGAAUCGGUACAUCGGGCCGAUCUCGGCGGAGACGCGCUGACCGAUCUCGUGGCUGAUUUUUUGGCGGGAGAGUGUCGCGCCAAAUGGAAGACGGAUCCGCGGGAGUCGCGGAAGGCGCUUGCGAAACUGCGCUCGGCGGCCGAGGUGGCCAAGCACGUGCUCUCCACCAUGGCUACUGCGCAGUGUUUUGUGGAAUCGCUGCUAGAUGGGGUGGACUUUGGGUGUCAGGUGACGCGCGCGCGACUGGAGAGUGUGCUAGGACCGGCGCUGCAGCAGUGGGUGGAUCUGGCUCGUGCCGCCGUCGCCGCCGCCGGUGUCAGCACUGUGGAUCGUCUGGUUCUCGUCGGAGGCACCGCCAAGAUUCCUCGUCUGCAGAGGAUCCUCGCUGCAGCCUUUCCAGAUGCGACUCUGCUGACCAGCCCGUCAUCGGACGAGCUGGUUGCAGAAGGUGCCGCGCGACAGUCUGCUCUGAUUGAGGACCGCUCGCUAGACGACGCUCCUCAAACGGUAGCUGUGUGCGCUAGGCCGGUGUACAUCCAGUUCGGGGAGACGGAGCCGACUCUGGCGGUACCCGCCGGCGCGCCGGUGCCGUCAGUACACAUCGCAGAGCACGUCACCGGCGCAGAGGGAGCCCUGAACGUGGUGCUCACGGAGGGGAGUGAGGAGGGCGCCGAGCGGCCAGUUCUGGCCAAGAUGGAGGUGACGAGGCCAGCCGGCGCGCGGCUGGUGGCCACUCUGGUUCUGCGCAGGGAGAUGGGACUCAGGAUACGUUUGCUGGACGCCAACACCGGUGAGGCACUAGAAGCAGAUGUGGCAGUAAGUGCGUGACGAAAUGAGGCUUAGGUGCGCAGCCACUGCGCCAAUUGAACAGUUUUUGGACGUGUGAUGAGUUUAGACACGCGGAACGCACACGGGGAGUUGAUUACAGGUAGUUUCGCGACGCGAUAAACCGUGACGAACGACGGAGUGUGGAUUCAGCGCGGUUCCAAAUCAAAGGAGGCCUUCAUAACGCGGCGAUUGAUGAACAGUCAGCCCCGUCGCCAUACCUCAGCUGACUCGGCGCCGCGUAACCCUCGCUAGACCGGGGUGAGGUGUCGCAAUCACCGGCCUCAGGACACUGCCGAGGGCGGGAAUACCGUGCCGUGAUGUGUUUGCCAUUGUUCAGUUUGGUUAGAUACUUGAAUAAAGCAUUUUAACACUUU